CAUCACACUAUUAUGUAGUGUAUAUUAUGUCCAAUGUUUUUAAUCAGCCAAAUUAAUAAUUAGUGCAUUGAUUUACAAAGUUCACAAGAAAUAAUUUUAAAUUAAAAACACACCAAAAUGUAUAUACUGUUUGUUGUAACAGUUGUUUGUUUCUUGAUGGCCUUUACAUCGAAAUUAUCUAAACCGAUACUUGCUCUAUUUUUUCAAGACGCGCCGGAAAUUCGAGUUCUAAAAGCUGAAGCCGAUUUAUUACGACGGGAAUUAUCUAGAAUAUCGAUGCGAGAUGACUACAUUCGGUAUGUGAAGGUAGAACGCAAACUGGUGGCCGCAGAUACUAAACUAACAGAGGUCAGAAAUCGAGAUGCCGGCCGAAGACAAGUUUACGAGCUCGGUAUCAAUUAUGGAACAUACGCUGCCCUCGCUCUUGGACUUAUAGUUAUCUCCAUAUUUUACCGAUACACUCCGGUUGUGGUUUUCGGUGACAGCUUUAAUUUUGAACCAUUCGGAAAAGUACUGAGCUUUCCAACGGGAGUACCAAAUGCGGUCUCGACGGUUUUCUGGAUUGUGGUUAAUAAUUUUGUCGCACGUACAGUAGCUGGAUAUGUGAAAUAAUUUACUCUUAGUAGUAUGUUUUAGAAAAUUCAGGGUUUGUCAACUAUUUCCAUAAAAUACUGCAAUAAAAUAUUCUGAAAUUCU